AAUAUUGUUAAUAGUUUUAUUUGAAAGAAAGGACAUAACUCUUGCCGUUUACAAGGGUCGCCGAAGUUGGCAGAUUUUGAUUUGUACACCAAUGACAGAACGUAGGAAAAUAUUUUUGUUUCUUAUUCGUGUCGCAGAAAAGAAUAAGAUUUUUUUAUAGGGGAAAAAUAGGAAAUACUAAUAGCAUAGCUUCCGUAUGUGUUAUCGGAUUGCUAGCUCGUUAGAUUGUAAUGUUAAAAAGCCACGCAUUGAACUACAUUCAUGCAUUGAAAUACGUAUUAUACCAAAAAAGACAGUAUAUUUUAUCAGUAUAGAAAAUUCCAGCCACACAGUCUCAAAUACGACAUAAUCAAGAAAUGUCACAGAUGUACAAAGAAGCAUCAGGACUGUCAUCUAUGGAAAAUUAUGGAGGUGAUCUACAGCUGGAGGUGAUUGUUGAAUGAAUGGGAAGUGACACCGAAGAAAGCAGUUCAGCAACAGAUAAUAACUCGUGGGAUGAUCAAGCACUGGUUGACGCAUUUGAAGAAGCUUCACUUGCAGCAAAAUACAGAAUAGCUGCUCGUAUGAUUGCACGUGGAGAACAACCUCUUGAAAAUGGCUUAGAUUUACCAGAACAACUUGAAAGUGGUGUUGGGCAAACUGUGGCAAGCAAAAAGUCAAAGAAAGGCAACAAAAGAAAGUGGGAAGUUGGAGCACCCUGUAGAGCAAUUUUCUCGGAGGAUGGGUGUGAAUACGAAGCCAUUAUACAAUCUGUAGACCAGAAGAAAGGAAAAUGUGUUGUGAAGUACAUAGGCUACGAUAAUGAAGAAGUAGUUUCAGUGGCAGCUUUACAGCCAUCACAAGGUUCCAUUGCAAGGCAGUACCAAAUACAGCAAGCACUGGAAAAUGUAGAGUCGGAUAAUAUUAUUGGAAGUGAAGAAGAUGGAGAACAUCAUAUUGAUUCAUUUGAAGAUGCGUCAUCAAAUGGGGCCUCCUGGAUUGGACAGUCUGAAUUUUACAACAGCAGGCAAGGACCAUUUCUGCAUCCUCAGAACCCAAUGAGUGUGCCAAUACCACCACCUCCGCCUCCGCAUAUAACAUCACAAUUCCCAGAAGAAGAUUCUGAAGCCCUAUCUGCAAUGCUGUUGUCCUGGUAUAUGAGUGGUUUUCAUACAGGAUACUAUCAAGGCCUGAGAGACGCUAAGAAGGGUAGACAUAAGCUAAGCCACCUUCGGAUGCAUUCAAGGAAGAAAUGAAACUAAGGGACUUAUAUUUUUAUACCAUAAGGAGCCAUGGACAUACAGAAAUUACUGUUUUGAACAAUCUUUUGCAAUGUUCUGCCAGAAUUCAUCUGAAGAGAUACAUAUACUUUUUUACAUUAAUUGUAAAGAACCUCAAUUUGUAACAUGACUUCCUUCAGAGAUUACAUCUUUCCAUUUUUGUAUGACACUGUGAUAUUGUAAAAGAACUGUUUAUCAUUUCUCACUUUAAACUGGAAUGUGAUAAUAAAAUACU